UUGUUUUCCGCCGUCGUAAGGUUACAAACUCGAAGAAACCGAUUUGUUCCGAGUGUUUAAACCAUCCCAGAAUGGCGAAGAAUCCAGAAACCGAUGAUACAAUGGAGACAACUAAGCAAAACCAAUCCGAGGAGGAAGUAGAACAUAGCGACGAGCAGAAGCAAGAAGACGAAUUGAGAAGUCUGCUGCUUUCAGAUAUAGGAGACCUUCCUCUCUCUCCACCUUCAGCUACACAAGUCAACUUCGUUUCUUACUUCAUCACAGAUUUCACGAAACCGGGUCAUGAUCAGUAUAUCUACCGUCACGCUAAUGGUUUGUGUGUGAUUGGGUUAGCUCCUACGCAUAUAGCUUUCAAGGACGAAGGUGGGAUUACUAACAUUGAUUUCAAUGUCGGCAAGUCUGAUCGUAGCGUCUUGAAAGUCUCUGGCAAGCGUAAAAAGAAUGCUAUGCGCUCUGAGUCGAAUACAGCGCUGUGCAAAGUUUCCACUGCUAAAGAUUCUUAUAUUGUCAGGUGUUGCGUUAAAGGUUCUCUCUUGGAGGUGAAUGAGAGAUUAAUCAAGCAACCACAGCUUCUCAAUUCAUCUGCUGAUCGGGAAGGAUAUAUUGCGAUAAUCAUGCCAACAAGACCUGCAGAUUGGACCAAAAACAAGGAAUCACUGAUAACCUUGGAGGAGUAUAAAGCAAAGAAAGAGGUGUCUCUAUGAUACAGUUUGCUGUAAGCCUGUAACCCAAACAACGGUUGAUUUCUUUAGAAAUCAUGUUUGCUCUCAAGAUGAUGGUUAGGCUCAAGUCUGAUUAGCUAAACAACUUUGGAGUUUUAUCCAGAGUAUUCAUAAAGCUAUUGUGUUGUGUAUUAACUUUUUCUGGCAACACUUUUGAAAGCAAAGAUCAUUUUGGACUAUGUACUAUGAUGUUCUUCAUGAAGCACAGUUUACA